AUGAAAGAAGCAUUUCCGGAGUUAUGGUCGGAGUCCAUCAACAACAACAUGAACAAAGAAUCUGAAAGAAUUGGUUACGCCACACAGAUCUCGAUUGAAACUUCUUUGUUAUUCGAUGACAGCAACCGUAACAUUCAACCCGGGAAAUUAAGGUAUGGGUGUCCACACCGUAUAUGGAUAUUGCACUGGAGCAUAUUCACAACAUACUUGAAGCUCUCCUUGAACUAUGCGCACAAGGCCACCAUUGAAACCAUUGCUUAA